AAAGAAAGAAGCGUAAAAAAUGGCUCAACAUUCGCCUCUCCCCUACAGGUCUUAUGGGUUCAAGUACGGUGAAAGUUUUAAAUGUAACGUAGUGGAAGUAGAUGUCAUUUUUUUCAUUCUAUUAGUUUUAACAAAAUAUUUUUCUACAGUACAUUAUUCAUUGCCGGUCAAGGCUAAUAGAGUGGGAUAUUUGUAUUUUCAUAUUCAAGCCUUUAUCUGCCAUGUAGACCCGAGACGACUUCUGUACCUUGGACCGACCAUGUGACGCUAUAUUUGGAGGCGGAUUUUCAGUUCGAGGACAAGGCAAUUUAGAAGGUAAAUCCAGUUUUCCCGCUGUCUCCAUUUUAUAAUGAUUUCUAGUUUACUUUAACAUUUCUUGAAUUAUUUGUUCACCUUCUUUUCUUACAUUCUGCAUCCAACCAAUCGCCAUUUCGAGAAUGUUUCCUUUUCCAAGUUGCAGCAAAGCCAUCAAAUAUCGAGCAAAACAGAUACUUCACACUGUUUUUAACCUUCAAGAAGCCUACUUAUUAAUACCAAUCUCUACAGGCUAUAUUGCUACUUUUUCAGUUUCAGAAGGAUUUGUCAAAGUGUGGACACGUGCAGGCUUUACAUUUUUUUAAACUAGACAUGCGUGUGGCAGUGAUCGGAGCUGGGGUCAGUGGCCUGUCCACUGCUCAAAGCAUCUAUGAGCAGUACCACUCCAUAGUCAGUCCACUGACCAUUGAGGUGUAUGCGGACCGCUUCACCCCACUGACCACCAGCGAUGGGGCUGCAGGAUUCUGGCAGCCAUACCUCUACGACAAGGGCAAUGUUCAGGAGACUAAAUGGUGUAAGGAGACGUUUGACUACCUGCUGAGCUUCCUGAGCUCCCCGGACUCUAUCAAAAUGGGGAUUUUCCUCCAGUCUGGCUACAACCUUUGCAGUGAGCCUGCACCAGAUCCCUCUUUUAAAGAUAGUGUGCUGGGCUUCAGACAGCUUACCAAACGAGAGCUGGAGCUGUUUCCUGCAUACUGCUAUGGGUGGUUCAACACUGCUCUCAUGGUGGAGGGAAAAAGUUACUUGCCUUGGCUGAUGGACUGGUUACAGAAGCGAGGUGUGAAAUUUUACCAGAGGAGGAUAGAGUCCUUCAAAGUGCUUGCGGAGAGUGGGGCAGACGUCAUCAUCAACUGCACAGGAGUGAGGUCAGGGGACCUCCAGCCUGACCCUGACCUCACACCAGGCCGUGGGCAGAUACUGAAGGUCAGAGUGCAAAGGUUGAAAGGUGAAUUUGGUAAUUACAAUAGGGACAUGGCUGAUUAUGUUGCACUUAAUCUGUCUGUGUUUCAGGUGGAUGCUCCAUGGCUUAAGCAUUGGAUCCUCACCCACAAUUUCACUGCUGGAACCUACAAUUCACCGUACAUUAUACCAGGGAGUCGUUCAGUGGUUGUUGGUGGGUGUUUCCAGCUGGGGAACUGGAGUGAGCAGAACAACUCUGAGGACCACAAGAAGAUAUGGGAGGGGGCCUGCCAGCUGGAGCCCAGCCUCAAGCAUGCCCGGAUAGUGGAGGACUGGUCAGGGCUCAGGCCUGUUCGUAGUAAAGUCCGACUGGAGAGGGAAACCAUGCAGUCUGGACCAAUCACAUUUGAGGUGAUCCACAACUAUGGCCAUGGAGGGUUCGGAUUGACCAUCCACCGAGGCUGUGCCCAGGAGGCAGCUCGGCUCUUGGGGGAGAUAUUGGAGUUGAAGGGCUGGGAGCCCAGGUCUCGUUUGUAAACUAGUGGUUUAUUACCUAAACAGCAGUGGCAUCAGUAUCUCUCACAUGUCUGUAUGGGACCAUUUUAACAUCAGAACGGUUUGCGAAGGAACCCGCAUAGGAAACUCCUGAGGCCUUCAGACAACAGUGAGGGUUCAUUCAUAUUUGCAAGAGAACAACUCUAAAUCAGAGUUUAGGUGGUGGAGUACCUGAUUAACCCAAAACCAGCUAACUUGGAACACAAAGACUACCAGCCAGCCUUAAAAUGUUUUCAUGCCAGCCAUCAGGAUUACUUUUAUUGAAUGUCAAUUUCCUUUGUUGUGUAGUCAUAACUAUUAGCUAAUCGAUUUAAAUCUAUUUUGAAAAGUUAAGAUUUUAUAUUGUAGUUAGAGAUGCUAAUAUAUAACAUAUUGAACCAAUAAAAUGUUUUCCAAAAAUGUGAUAAGCAAAUCUUACAAAUGUGACAUAAAAAUAGGAGUGCAAUAUCAAACUAAAAUGUCAAGAUAUCUUAUUAAUAAUGUUCUAUCGUGAGUUCUAAAAACAUAUGAAGUUUGAAAAUGAAUGAAGAAAUAAAUACUUCCACAAUCCAA